UGGAAUGCCAACAAUGUAGCGAAUGUCCCGACUGCGCCCCGCACUCGGCGCCCGGGACGGACAAGGGGGAAGAUGGAGAUCGCUCCUCGCCGUCGGGGACGCCGCCGCCGUUGAGCCGUUUCUUGACGGCUGCUUCCCUCAACCUCGAUAAGCGGGCGGAGGUGCUGGGCGCCCCCGAGGAGACAGAGUCAGUCUGCAAAAUGGUGAUUCCAAGGAUUUUCAUAUUUUGUAGAAAACGUGAAGAUCGUGAGCUGAAAUAAAACAUUGGCAGAAAUUUCUUGGGAAUUUUGCCUUUUCUUCUCUUCAAAGGAUUAUGGUUUACAAGAAAUUGAUACCAUCAAGUGACACUUCUUUGAAAUAAAGGAAUAUAAAAACCUAAGAAUAAAGCUGUAUUUAUGCUCAGAAAAAACUGGAUUAACAAUGAGGCCAAAGACUUUUCCUGCUACGACAUACUCUGGAAACAGCAGACAAAGGUUACAAGAGAUUCGAGAAGGUUUAAAGCAACCAUCCAAAUCUUCAGGUCAGGGACUACCUAUUGGACCGGGCAGUGAAACUUCUCUGGACCCUAAGAUUGUAAUAGGGAAGGAUGCUGCAAGGCAGCAGCAGAUGAGACAGACACCUAAGUUUGGACCAUAUCAGAAAGCUCUGCGAGAAAUUAGAUAUUCUUUGCUGCCUUUUGCUAAUGAGUCAAGCACUACAGCAGCUGCUGAAGUAAAUAGGCAGAUGCUCCAGGAACUGGUGAAUGCGGGUUGCGAUCAGGAGAUGGCUGUCCGAGCACUGAAGCAGACGGGCAGCAGAAGCAUUGAGGCAGCUCUGGAGUAUAUCAGUAAGAUGAGCUACUUGGAUCCCAGAAAUGAGCAGAUCGUGCGUGUAAUUAAGCAGACCUCACCAGGAAAGGGCAUUGUGCCAAAUAAUGUAACCCGCAGGCCAAGCUUUGAAGGAUCAAAUGAAUCUUUUCCGUCCUACCAUCAAAUCAGUGGUGCAGCCUAUGAAGGGACAGGCUUCGGAGCAGAAGGUGCAAAUAUGCUUACUGAAGUUCCAAGGCCAUACAUGGACUAUUUAAUCUCCACUUCGCAGUCUACAGCUAUGAACGCUCCUGUACAGCGACCCUCUGGAGUAGGCACUCACAGCACACCAGCAAGCCAUCAGCAGAAAACAUACCCUACAAAUAUUGAGUCUUCUGUGAUUAAUUAUCCAGUGGCUAAUCACAGCAAUCAAGCCUUGCAGCUACAGGCAUCCCAUGGCUCCAACAGCCAACAUUACAGUAGGCAGCACAUGAUGGUGCAGGGGGAACCUAUGGGUUAUGGUGUUCAGCGGAGUCCAUCCUUCCAGAACAAGAUGCAGCAGGAGGGAGGAUACACCAAUCUCCCAAAUAAAGGGGCAGUUGUUCAGAAUAAUUCUGGUCAUGCAUUUCAGCAGGCACCAGCAAGCCUGUAUAUAUCACAUUCUCAUCACAAACAGACGAGUCCCUCUUCUCAUCAAAUGCAUGCGAUAUCCAGAGGCCCUGCCUUUGCCAAUGAUUUUUCAGACAGUCCACCACAAAAUCUAUUAACUCCAUCUAGAAAUAGCCUAAACAUGGACCUCUAUGACAUGAAUAAUACUCAAGUUCAGCAGUGGCAGGCAGCAACGCCGUCACGCCGAGAUUCUUUGCAAAAUCCAGGAAUAGAAACAUCUCCACGGCAACACGUAUCCUUCCGGCCCGACGCCACGGUGCCGAGCAGAACAAACUCAUUUAACAGCCACCAGCAACAGCCACAGGUGACAGUGUCUAUAAGACAAGUUCCUCCAGGGAAGCCUGAUCCUUCAAUUACGUCUCCAAAUACAAUCACAGCGGUCACAUCCGCUCAUAUUCUCCAGCCAGUGAAGAGCAUGCGAGUGAUGAGACCUGAGCCUCAGACUGCAGUGGGACCUUCCCAUCCUGGUUGGUUACCUGCACAAGCACCAGCUGUGGAUGGCUUGGAGAUCAUUGAGCAGCAUGUGCCACCUGUUGGAGCAGCUAAUGCCUAUCAACUAGACGUGGAUUACGGUAACCAGGAACUGAGGUGUCCACCGCCACCGUAUCCCAAGCAUUUGUUACUUCCCGGUAGCUCUGAGCAGUUUGAUAUCAACUGCUUGUGCAUGGGCGUAGAGCAGACCCUUCGCGUGGUUCCCAAUUCAACGUGCAAUAAGGCUGAGGAGAACAGCGAGCGAAACGAUAAAAGCAGCAAGAACACUAAAGCUGAAAAGGCAAGCAAGGAUAAAAAGCAGAUUCAGACAUCCCCGGUGCCUGUGCGGAGGAAUGGCAAAGAUGAAGAAAAGCGAGAGUCGCGAAUAAAGAGCUACUCACCUUUUGCCUUCAAGUUCUACAUGGAACAGCAUGUGGAAAACGUCAUAAAGACCUACCAGCAGAAAAUUAACAGAAGAUUGCAACUGGAGCAAGAAAUGGCUAAAGCUGGCCUCUGUGAAGCUGAACAGGAACAAAUGAGGAAAAUUCUCUACCAGAAGGAGUCCAACUACAACAGACUUAAAAGGGCCAAAAUGGACAAAUCUAUGUUUGUGAAAAUCAAGACUCUGGGUAUUGGUGCAUUUGGAGAAGUGUGCCUGGCCUGCAAGGUGGAUACCCAUGCCCUCUAUGCCAUGAAGACUCUGCGCAAGAAGGAUGUGCUAAACCGGAACCAGGUGGCUCACGUCAAAGCAGAGAGGGACAUACUUGCUGAGGCAGACAAUGAAUGGGUGGUUAAACUCUAUUAUUCCUUCCAAGAUAAAGACAACUUGUACUUUGUGAUGGACUACAUCCCUGGUGGGGAUAUGAUGAGUCUGCUGAUUCGGAUGGAGGUUUUUCCAGAGCGUCUGGCUAGAUUUUAUAUUGCAGAACUGACCUUGGCUAUCGAGAGUGUGCACAAAAUGGGAUUCAUUCAUCGAGACAUCAAGCCCGACAACAUUCUGAUAGACCUCGAUGGGCACAUCAAACUGACUGACUUUGGACUGUGUACUGGAUUCAGGUGGACUCACAAUUCAAAAUAUUAUCAGAAAGGGAGCCAUAUCAGACAAGACAGCAUGGAGCCCAGUGAUCUUUGGGAUGAUGUGUCAAACUGUAGAUGUGGAGAUAGGCUGAAGACAUUGGAACAAAGAGCUAAGAAGCAGCAUCAGAGAUGUCUAGCACACUCACUAGUUGGAACCCCUAAUUAUAUUGCUCCUGAAGUCCUGCUUCGUAAAGGAUAUACUCAGCUUUGUGACUGGUGGAGUGUUGGUGUGAUCCUCUUUGAGAUGUUAGUGGGACAGCCUCCUUUUCUGGCUCCUACACCCACAGAAACCCAACUGAAGGUGAUAAACUGGGAAAGCACACUGCACAUUCCCUCACAGAUCAAGCUAAGCCCUGAGGCAACCGACCUCAUCACAAAGCUCUGCUGUGCUGCUGAGGACAGACUUGGAAGAAAUGGAGCAGAUGACAUUAAGGCCCAUUCUUUCUUUCACUCUAUGGACUUCUCUACUGAUAUCCGCAGGCAGCCAGCUCCCUACGUUCCAAAGAUCAGCCAUCCAAUGGACACUUCUAAUUUUGAUCCAGUUGAUGAAGAAAGUCCUUGGAACGAUGCUAGUGGUGACAGCACCAGGACAUGGGAUCCACUAGCCUCUUCCAAUAACAAACACACAGAACAUGCUUUCUAUGAGUUUACUUUCCGAAGGUUCUUCGAUGACAACGGCUAUCCGUUCAGGUAUCCCAAACCUUCCGGAAUGGAAGUUGGCCAGUCUGCGAGAUCUGAUGUAGAGGAUAAAGGUGUGGUGGAUCAGACCGGAGCUUGUCAGCCUGUAUAUGUGUAAACUAUUGUAUAGGGUACUCCAGAUACGACUAAUCUCAAAUACAGUAGGGCCUUUAACUGAUCCUUUAGGAGCUGAUCCUGCAGUGCUUGUUCAGGUGUAACUUCAGCUGAGGCUGGAGGCAUCCUGGGGAGUCAGAAGCUUGCAGGGCCAGGUCCUAAAAAUGGCACUCUUGAAAGUUCAGGUCAGUUUUACUGUAAAUAACUCUGUUGAUAAUUACACUUGAAGCCCUGGUCUUCACCAAGG